CUUGGUUUAGAAAGAUAAGAAUUUUGUCCAAUAUAUUUUAUCCCGGAAGAUUUAAGCUGAUAUAUAAUAGUUUAUCGAAUCUUUAUCUUCAUAGUGUCUGAAUGGUGCCAUUGAAUAGUGGUUAUGGAAACGAAAGAAGAUAAUACUCCGGAGGUCCCCGGGGAGCAGGGUCAAAAUACAUAUGUGGAAUUAGUGACCGAAAAUCAGGAUGUGGUCAUCCAGGGGAUAACAUGCAAAUCUACAGCAUUAACCAAAAGUCAGAAGAAACGCCGGCGAUUUAUUCCAAUAAGAUACCACGGAAGCAUUUUCAAAAUCUCCAGAAAAAAGAAGGAAGACCAACACGCACCUGCUUCAUCGUGUACAGAACAGAGAGCUCAUGGCAAAACGGAGACACAAGUAGAAAAGUGCAGAGAAAGCACGAACAGUAGCAGCUACAUCAGCUGUAAGACACACAGGACAGUUUCGAACAGAAGCGAUUUGUCCUCUCAUUUAUAUGAUGAUAUUGAUGAGUGUACCCAAUCUAGAGAACGAUGUAACAGUAUUUCUACAUCUUCAACCUUUUCCAGCAUACCAUCCCAAAAGGUGAAUAGUGCGGUACAUGACACGCGGGCAGUACGAGGGAUUCUAAGAGAACAAAUUCACGAAUCCUCUUCUAACAGGAACCAGAUACAUUACCAGAUGGAGGUUCUGAAAAAGACAGGCCAGAGAACAAAAAAGUACAUGGGUUUAUUCUGCAUGAUCCUGGUGUGCGCUGUAAUAUCCACAAUCAUUGCUAUUCUCGUCAGCAAAAACGUCUUAGGAAGCAACUCUCCAAAUGUUAAAAAUGGUAACCAAAGUACAUCUAUACCAAAUUACCCAGAUAAGCAAUAUAUGCAGGAAAUAUUCUUUAAUGCUACCCACGAGGGAGGGAAGAGCAAUACUGGCAUCAUACGACAAGAUUUUAAAGUAAUGAAAGAAGAACUAAGGGAACGUCUUUCUAAAAUGAUACACGGAAUAAGGUGUAUAAGCAGCUGUGAUGAUCAACCUGAUGGAGACUACCAGUCAUGUUAUACGUGUCAUGGAUUCGUGAGUUGUUCAAAUGGCAAGUUGAAAAAUAUGAAUUGUCCACCGUUCCACGAAUUCGCACCCAUCUACUGGGACGAUUACCUAAAAAUCUGCAAUUACACAUCAGAUACCUGCGAACCGGAAUAUAUUUUCAAAAGAGCUACCAACGGAAUCAACUGACUCAAUAGUUUGUUUUUAUGCUAUGUUUAGCUUACCGGAGCUAAAUUUAUGAUAAAGCUUUGAUCGGCAUUUGUCUGGCGUAACCUUACACACAAGAAUUUAUGCAAUAUUGACAUGUAACAUUGAUGACUUCUACCAGUGCAAAAUUCUCAGUCGGGACGUUACGGAGUAAAUUGAUUUAUUGUAUAUUGUUUAACAUCCCUCUCGAGAAUCUUUCACUCGUAUGGAGACGUCACCAUUGCCGGUGUGAAACUGAAUCAAAUUAGACAUCGUGUACAUUUAAUUUUUUGUAUAAUCGAUUUCCAUAACUACUUUUACGUCUUUGUAUUUAGAAAAAAGUUCCAUCACAUUCAUCUUA